AUGACUGCUGAAGAAACAGUAAAUGUAAAAGAAGUUGAAAUCAUCAAGUUAAUUUUAGACUUUCUGAACUCAAAGAAACUUCAUAUCAGUAUGUUGGCUCUUGAGAAGGAAAGUGGAGUCAUAAAUGGUCUAUUUUCAGAUGAUAUGCUUUUUCUGAGACAGCUAAUCCUUGAUGGCCAGUGGGAUGAAGUUCUUCAAUUCAUUCAACCCCUAGAAUGUAUGGAAAAGUUUGACACAAAAAGGUUUCGCUAUAUCAUCCUGAAACAAAAAUUUUUAGAAGCCUUGUGUGUUAACAAUGCAAUGUCAGCCGAAGAUGAACCUCAGCAUGUAAGACUUUUAUUUCUGAAGUUGGAACUUACCAUGCAAGAAGCUGUGCAGUGCCUACAUGCCUUAGAAGAGUACUGCCCUUCUAAAGAUGACUAUAGCAAACUCUGUUUGUUACUUACUUUGCCUCGCCUGACUAAUCAUGCAGAAUUCAAGGACUGGAACCCCAGCACUGCACGAGUUCACUGUUUUGAAGAGGCUUGUGUUAUGGUAGCAGAGUUCAUUCCUGCGGACAGGAAACUAAGUGAGGCUGGUUUUAAAGCAAGCAACAAUCGUUUAUUUCAGCUUGUAAUGAAGGGACUACUUUAUGAAUGUUGUGUUGAAUUUUGUCAGAGUAAAGCAACUGGAGAAGAAAUCACAGAAAGUGAAGUACUUCUUGGCAUUGACCUUUUAUGUGGUAAUGGUUGUGAUGAUUUGGACUUGAGUUUAUUGUCAUGGCUUCAAAAUCUUCCACCGACUGUCUUCUCCUGUGCUUUUGAACAAAAGAUGUUGAAUAUUCAUGUUGACAAACUUUUGAAACCUACAAAAGCUGCAUAUGCUGAUCUUCUUACUCCUCUUAUCAGCAAACUUUCCCCUUAUCCUUCAUCCCCAAUGAGAAGGCCUCAGUCAGCUGAUGCUUACAUGACUCGGUCUCUGAAUCCUGCUUUAGAUGGUCUAACUUGUGGUUUAACUAAUCAUGAUAAGCGAAUCUCAGAUCUUGGAAACAAAACUUCUCCAAUGUCACACUCCUUUGCUAAUUUCCAUUAUCCAGGGGUACAAAACCUUAGUAGAAGUCUCAUGAUUGAAAAUACAGAGUGCCAUAGUAUUUAUGAAGAAUCACCUGAACGAAGUGAUACUCCUUCAGAAACACAGCAACCUGUGAGCAGUGAAAACGUAGAGCAGGCUUCAUCUUCAGAAAAAGAGUCUGCAAAUGGCACACAGAAUCCUGUACCAGCCAAGCAAGAAAAAAAUGAGCUUCGUGAUUCAACAGAACAGUUUCAAGAAUAUUAUAGGCAGAGAUUACGCUAUCAGCAACAUUUAGAACAAAAGGAACAGCAGCGACAAAUUUACCAGCAAAUGCUUCUUGAAGGAGGUGUAAAUCAAGAAGAUGGUUCUGACCAGCAACAGAAUCUUACUGAGCAGUUCCUUAAUAGAUCUAUUCAAAAGCUUGGAGAAUUAAAUAUUGGUAUGGACAGUCUUGGUAAUGAAGUAUCAACUCUUGGAAAACAAUGUAAUGGAAACAAAGGGAAUGGCUCUAACAACACUUCUUCAACUAGUUUUGUAACACCUCCUCCAGAUGCUAAUCAAAGGGUAACACCUGAUACACAAAAUAUUAAUACAAGCACUCCUCUUAACCAUGGAUCAAAUCAGAUACCUCUUCUUGAAGAGUCACCUGUCCAUGGAAACCAAGGCUCAACAGAACAUUGUGUCAUUCAGCCACAUUUUUCAGAUUCAUCAGGUACUCUAUCAAAGUCAAGAGGAGAUGAGGGUGACAAGUCAAAGAAGCAAUUUGUUUGUAUUAACACCUUAGAAGACACACAAGCUGUCCGAGCAGUAGCUUUUCAUCCAGUUGGCAAUUUGUAUGCUGUUGGCUCAAAUUCAAAAACUUUGAGAGUAUGUGCCUAUCCAGAAGUCAUUGAUCCUAGCGCAUAUAGCUCUCCCAAGCAGCCAGUAGUACGUUUUAAGAGGAAUAAACAUCAUAAAGGAUCAAUCUACUGUGUGGCGUGGAGUCCUUGUGGGCAAUUAUUAGCUACUGGUUCAAAUGACAAAUAUGUCAAAGUACUACCUUUUAAUGCGGAGACUUGUAAUGCAACAGGACCUGAUCUGGAAUUCAGUAUGCAUGAUGGGACCAUUAGAGAUUUGGCUUUUAUGGAAGGUCCAGAAAGUGGUGGAGCUAUUUUGAUAAGUGCUGGAGCAGGGGAUUGUAAUAUUUAUACAACAGAUUGUCAACGAGGACAGGGCCUCCAUGCUCUGAGUGGUCACACUGGUCAUAUUUUAGCACUUUAUACUUGGAGUGGAUGGAUGAUUGCAUCUGGUUCCCAAGAUAAGACUGUUAGAUUUUGGGACCUGCGAGUACCAAGCUGUGUUCGCGUUGUUGGCACAACAUUCCAUGGAACUGGGAGUGCAGUGGCAUCAGUAGCUGUUGAUCCUAGUGGCCGUCUCUUAGCUACUGGUCAAGAAGAUUCUAGCUGUAUGUUGUAUGACAUCAGAGGAGGACGAAUGGUACAAAGUUAUCACCCUCAUUCCAGUGAUGUUCGCUCUGUUAGAUUCUCUCCUGGGGCUCACUAUUUACUUACAGGAUCUUAUGAUAUGAAAAUAAAAGUGACAGAUUUGCAAGGAGACCUCACCAAGCAGCUUCCAAUUAUGGUUGUAGGGGAGCACAAGGACAAAGUGAUUCAGUGCAGAUGGCACACGAAGGAUCUUUCCUUUUUGUCAUCAUCGGCUGACAGAACUGUAACCCUCUGGACUUACUGUGGUUAG